AUGAAUGUCGUACAGCAGUUGAAAAAUGGAGUUUGGGAUGCAGAAUCAACAUUAGAAACACAGGCUAAUCUGAUUGCAUUGAUGGCAUACACUCAAUUUGGACAAUACAACGCUAAUACAACACCAUGUAAAUAUGCUUGCUUCUGGCCGGAUUGCCGUGGUGAAAUUCCACCCGAAGCUAUACGCAUGGCCGCAAACUUCCAUCGUGAUCUUGAGGGGUGUACAGUCUCCCAUGCGAAAUAUGAGUUACUAAGGAUUGUUUCCAUGGAAUUCCCAUCAUAUGGGACACACUUUUAUGAAGUGAAAGAUAUUUUUGAUCGGAAGCUGAUGCUUGGGGUUGGACCCGAAGGCCUUGCCCUGUGUUCGUCAAACAGUUCUGUGAUUGAACGAUUUCCCUAUUGCCGAGUGCAUACGGUCACAACCAGUGCUCGGGUGGUGACGCUCAAUCUGCUGGAAGACGAUGGCAGCGUGAAGGGACGAAACUAUCAGCUGGCCACAAAUCGGUUGGCCAGCUCACUCUAUCGUUCCAUCACCGAGAUCCACGCGUUCUUCCGCUGCGACUCCGUCCGAGACACGGUGCUGUGGCAGACCACUCGGGAUUUGAAAGAUGCUUUGGUGUCAAUUUUCGACCACAAUGACUCCUGGAAGCCCAUAAUGCCACUGUAA